UGUUUGUUCCGCACACGGCAGCAGAACCGCACACAAAGUCCGUUUGUUUCCGCGGGCCGCCUGUGAAUUAAAAAGUUGCUGGCGCUCAGUCUAACAUGGCCUGGUCGAAAGACCUUAAAGUGUUCUUGGAAUCUUCGCUGAAUGAGAUCUUUCAGACGACGGUGAACGACAUUCUGGACUCAGUCGAGCUCACCCUGUGCGAGUACCAUGACAAAUUCCGGAGGAUGGAGUCGGAAAACGAGGACCUGAAGCGGCUGCUGUUUGCACAGAAGAGCGCGGAGGCUGCUGCCGAAGAAAUGCAUGAACAAGAGAACACUGAUAACUUUGCAGAACCAGAAUGGAUUGGUCCUCCAGUUAGUUCUACCCAUGGUACUUUCAAGAUGUCCAUAUGCAGCAGUGACAAGAAGAAUUUCAAAAGGAAGCAUAAAGACAAAAGGAGGGAGAGCAGAAGUUCUGCUUUUUUACUGAAUACCAAUCUGAUGGUAGAAGAGCCACGUGUAAACACACACAAGGGCGCUGUAACCAACCAAGUCUCAUUAGCUGUUAAAACAGAACGAGACAUGAAUGAAAGCGCCAUCAUCGACCUCUCUCAGCCUUCCUCCCUUCUCAAUCUGACAAUGCGGCCGGUCAAAUCUGAAAGUGCAGAUGUCAGUUUUCAGAGUCACGGUGCACAAAUACCUGUGCAGCCACCUGCAAAUCCUGAACAAGAGUCCAGAACCAGUGACGGUGUUGCGGAUGCCACUGAUGACUGCAUAGAUGGCCGUGAAGCUGAGAAGAAAGAUUUUAUCAAGGCAGAGAUGAAUGAAUGUAAUGGGAUAGAGCAAUAUGACGACUUCCCGUUGCACCAAGACAAUCAUUUGUUGAGCUUUUACCCUAAAUUGGAUGUGGAACCUGUUGGAGCCAGCGGAGAGUCUUUUAUGCCUGAAGAAGAGCAGGAAGGGGAAAGUGAGUCACUCAGUAAUACUGUAGACUUUCUGGAGGCACAGGAUAACUUCUUGCAUUGCCCUUCAUGUCCCAAGACAUUUAGUCGAGCAACUUCCCUUAACAUCCACAUGAGGACUCACAGCGGUGAAAAGACCCACAGUUGCACCUAUUGUGGCAAGCGCUUUACCCGAGCUGACCUCCUGAAAUCCCAUAAGCGCACCCACACCGGGGAAAGACCAUACAGCUGCAACAUCUGCAGUAAAACAUAUGCCCACUCGAGUCAGCUCAGGAUCCACAAACGCAUCCACACUGGCGAGAAGCCAUAUUCUUGCUCCCACUGCGGGAAGCGCUUCAACGAGCACAACCAGCUCAAAGUCCACUUGCGAACGCACACAGGCGAGAGGCCCUACAGCUGCCAGCAGUGCGGCAAAAGUUUCAGCAAUGCGGGCAACCUGCGGAUCCACGAGAGAAUCCACACAGGGGAGAAACCGUACUGCUGUGCUCAGUGUGGGAAAAAGUUCAACGGUUUGGGUGACCUGAAAACACAUUACAGGAUUCACACUGGAGAGCGGCCCUACAGCUGCCAACUGUGCAAAAAGACCUUCAGCCAGGCCGGCCACCUCACCAUCCACAUGCGGAUGCACACGGGAGAAAGACCGUACAGCUGUAACGAGUGUGGGAAGAAAUUCACGGUGGCCAGUAGCCUGAAACUCCACAUGAGGACUCACACAGGGGAGAAAGAGUACAGCUGCUCGUACUGCAACAAGAGCUUCAGCCGGUCGGGGCACCUGAAGAGACACGAGCUCGUCCACACCAAAGAGAAGGCUUUCCUUUGUAACCAGUGUGGGAAGAGCUACACUGAUCAGUCUUCCCUCAGAAAGCAUCUGAAGAUGCACGUGACCAAGGAGCACAACAGUGAGGAAAACGCCACGCAAGCUUCAUGUUUCCAGCCACUUCUGGACAGUGACUAAAAUGACCAUAUUCUGUCAGAGAAGUCGAUACACAGUUGAGGCCAUAAGUUUGCAUGCACCUUGGCUUGAAAAGAGUUUUUACACUCAGUUACCCCUGACACCACAAACUGUUUUAUCAAACGUGUGUAAUGUCAGUUACAAUGUCUACUUUGUUUCAGUCUGACAACUCGCAUAGAAGAAUAUUUAUUGCCAGAGCAUCACAUAGCUUUGAGUUUGGCAGAUGGGCUGCUGUCACAUCACUCACCGCAGAUGUUUGUGGUAAAGGCAGUCAUGAUUAGAUUGACACAUUUUCUCCCUUGUCAGAGCCCACGGGGGAUGUUUUGGUGUAGGUGUGGCUGAGCAGCAGCAGCAGUGAGUUGUUGUAACAAGCAGUGUUUGACAGGCAGAAAAGGAGCUGGGAAAAUUUGGCAUUUUACGUGAACAGAGCUGGAAAGUCUCAUACUGACGUUGGGUACAAACAAACUCGUGGCUUGGUGUAUGUUCCAUGGUCAAUGUAAUUACUCGCCAGUUCCUUUUAAACUUGAAUUACAUUGGCAUUUUGUUGUUUUUUGUUUUGUUUUUUGUUUGUUUUUUUCAUUGGUUGCAACCACCACAAUGUCUCAGGCACACGUGACGAAUCGCAUGUACCCAGCGCCUACUUACUAGAAGCAGGAUGCACGACAGAAAAAUGAUCUGUCAUUGUACCAUCAACAUUAAAUGGACACCUGUCACUGGAGUUUUUAUGACUAGCAAAGAAUUCACAGACCCCAAAAAUAUAAAUAUUGUUCUUUCUUUAUUUUUCACCUUUUACUGCCUGAAAAAAGUCACAUGACUGCGGUCUGGUUAGAAGAUGUCACUUCUGUUGUUAACUUUUUCUGAGUGCUUCUCAAUUAAAACCCACACAGAGGGAGCUGUGAUGGCAUUACUUCUAAAAGGUUCUUAAUGAGUAGUGAUUGGCAUUGUUAAUUGAGGCACUUUCAGAUCUCUGUGAGGGCCUGUCUGUAGAACUAGUGCCUUGUUCAGUUAAAAAAAAAAAAAACUAAAUUGGGGGGCGGGGGGAGUCAACAAAAUUUUGAAUUGCCGCAAGUCAGGUUCCUUCUUAGGAGCUGUUUUUUAAAAGGAUUUAUGGUACCAGUAUGGUUAUUUACACAAAAAUACAAGAAGCUUGGAUCAUACCGCCUUCCUGUCACUGAGGAAGGCUGAAGUGGACGACUAAGACUUAAAAAGCUUUUGUUCUACAUGUGCAACAAGCUCGGGAUCAAAAUCAACGUUAAAAAUGGUUUUGUCUUUGUCCUGAUGAUUAAUUAUAAGUUUAUAUACCUGUCUUUUCGGAAGUUGUGAUUGAACGCUCCUUUCAACAGUAGACUGUCACAUUUCUGUCUGUUGCCUUAAUAACCCCUUAAGCCCUAGAGCUUAUUUCACCAAACUCACAUACAUUCUGAUUUAUUUCUCAGCUUGUACAAGGUCAAAAAUGCAAAAGUUUGGAUCAGCUAAAAGACAGGUCCUAGGGGAUGUUGUGGAUCCAAAAAAAAUUGAAAGUAAAUAAUAGUUGGUUAGGAGUAAAUUAGGUUUUUUCCCAAAAAAGUAAUUCCGAUUUAUUAUAUUAUUUGCUUGGCGUUUCAUCUGUGGUUAGUUGAUAUGUGAUUAGAUACUUUUGUAGAGGAUACUUCGCUUGACAUUUUAAUGUAUAAUAAGUGUAUGUUGGUGUCAGCAUUGGUUAGUUAUGAGUGUUCAAAUGUUCCAAAACAGGGUAAGUCCCCAAAUUGGGACUCUGGGGUUUAAGAGGUUAAACUUCAUCCUUUCCUUAUUAGUUUUGAACAUGAGGUUCUGUUGGACUGUUCAUACAAAUGGUCAUUAAUUUCUGGGUGUUAAUGUAAACUCCCUUCCUCAGUGAUUUGAAGACUGUAUGAUGCCAAGCUUUAUAGCUUUGAGUUUGGUAGAUGGGCUGCUGUCACAUCACUCACUUUUUUUCCUUGUGGUACCAUGAAUCUUUUAGAGGUGACCACAUGAGGAAGUUGACUUGUUUAGAUUCAAAAUCUCACUUUGGAUGCCUUGUGUUAAUUCCUUGCACAGUUUCUGCGAGUACCAUUGCAAAUAGUCUGCAUUUUAUCCAGAAAUAUGCCAAUAAAUCAAUCAAAAGAUUUAAAAUCAAUUCCUGUAAUCUUCCACACUAUUUAGAGGGAGUCAUCUUGUUGUAUGUAACCUUUGACCCAAUACUUGACAUCUGAGAACUGGUGGGAUGAGGUGUGUUCAGAGCUGCAUGUCUGCUUCAUUUAACACAAACAUUGAUUGGGAAUGUAAAAUGUGGGCAUAAAGAAAGUUGAGUUUGAAUGUUUGUAACUAAGAUACAUUCAAACUUAUGGCUGCAACUGUCAAACUUUGACUAAAUAGUGAUGUAUGUGAUAUUUUUGUUACAGUGCAAUACACUGUUGUCUAAUCUUUACUGUAAUUUGGUCAAAAUGUGUAGUAAGAUCUCGAUUAAUUGUUCAAGUCUGAUAGUGGUCUUGUGAUUGUCUUUACACUUAAGACUAAUAGAAGUUGGGUCUUUAGUAUCUGUUAAUUCACAUUACUGAACUAUGUAUUUUAACGUAAAAAGACUUGAAAAUGGUGUCAGUUCUAUUAGCAGGAUGUGCUCAAAGUCAAUAUUAAUGAGUUUCAGAAUUAUAAAUAACAUUUGGUAAAGUGUUAGAAAUACGUACUGCAUUUCUGAUUUAAAAGUAGGGGUCAUUCAUUUUUAGCUGUGUAUAUAUAGCUGCUUUAAUUGUAUGUAUAGGCGGCACCACUCUGAUCCAGUACACGGACGAGAAUGUAGUUUGAGGUAAAUAUUUAGUACGCCUAAAAACGGUUUUAGUUGUAAGCUUGUUUUGCAAGCCUUGGUAAUCUUGAAGAACAUUAAGCUUCUUGAGCAAAUUGUCUUAGGUCGUUCGUCGUAUUACGAAGUCUUCCCCUGUGACUUUGUACAAUGGGUUCCUGUAGGAAAAAAAAUAUAAAGCUGCUGUUUAUUGUGGAAGGUCAUUAUACAUGCAGUGUAUAUUCAGUCAAAUAUUAUCUGGAGUACAGUGUGGUUUACUUACUUGUCUAAAUUAAAAACAUUAACUGCAUUA